AUGUGGCACGUUGAAGGAGUAUAUGCAUUGCCAUUAACAACAUCUUUUCCAUCAUCACCUAAAGAAAUAUUAGCUAGUUUACAGUAUCCGAAAAUUACUAAAUUGAUGAUUGUUAGUCUAUUGCUUGAAGAGAUCAUCGAAUGGUUACAUCAAAAUGACAACAUGGGUUUUCAGGCGAUGGCUCGUCUUAAAUACGUGAUUUAUGGUGAUGCCUCCUGCUCGGCUGAUAUUUGCAAUGAGUUGUUCGAACGAGAAAUAGAAUAUGUUGGCAUCAGUAAUUAUGAAACAACUAACAAAAAUCGGUGUCAGAGUAUUCGACCAGUCAAAAGUCGACAAUCAAGCGUUAAAUUCUUGCCAACAGAAAGCAAUUCGAAUAUUUACGAAGCUUUUAUCUUUACAACUGAUCCAUUUAUUGCACCCGAUUACGCUAAAAACGGUCCAUAUUCUCCCGGUGAUUUAUUUUUGGAAGAAUCACCAGGAUCUGGUUACUGCAUGAUUCAAGGUCAUAAAGAUGAUAUUCUUCGUGCUGUUGUUCUUGGUCAUCAACGUUCCUAUUGUUCAGCUCUUAUUGAACUCAAUAUUGAAGAAGCAUUGAAACAUGAACUUCGUUCAAUUGAAGAGCAUGUUUUUACUGCUGUACAAGUUGGGAAUAAAAAUGCACCAACACAUUCACGCAUUAUUCCUCCUUUGAUCAAAAUUCCUCCGAUGAAUAAACAUUUGCCUAUAACUGGAAAGGAUGUACCCGUUGAUAUUUAUCGAUUUGGACAGAUUUGUGGUGAUAGUGGUGGAGAAAUGAGUGUAUUACCCGAUCAAUGUCAAAAAAUAAACUGGAUUCUUGUUAAUUAUGGUGCAGCAUGUGUGGUUGAUAUUGCUAUCGAUACAACUGCAGAAUUGACAACACCCUUCGAACAUGUACAUCAUAUUCUCAAUCCCCAUGUGAUUAGCUGGUUCGAACUACUUGAACAUUUAAAAUUAUCUGGACUUCAAUUUAAAGUUGUUUCGAUUAAAGAAUGGUUGCGUAUGCUACUCGCUAAUCCGAAGAAUCCAGCCUAUACUCUAGCUAGUUUCUUUGAAAAAAUCUUUGCUGAAGGCAAUCAAAUGAAAUUUGCAAAAUUUAGAAUGGAAAAAACUAGUCGUCACACCACUAUACUUAAAUGUUGUCCACCUAUUGAUCAAAACCUUAUUCAACACUAUUUCAGCUAUUGA